AAUAUUUUGUCUUGAUUAGUACUAAAUUCCAACUAUAUACUUGGAAACCUUGUAGAUAUCUUCAGUGUAGCUAGGGUUUAUUUGUUUCUAUUCCCCCACUCAUGAGCCCAUCCUCUAUUUAACCCUUUUCAUCAUUUGUUCCACAUCAUAACUCUUAUCACCCUAUAUAUAAAUUGUUAAUUUUAUAUCAUGGCUGCUGAACUUGGGAUUCUUUCCUCGACUCAACUCCAAAAACUGGCUCAAUCCCAAGAAGAGCAGAACCAACAACCACCACCACCACUGGAUACUGGCUCUGCCUCUGACUGUUGGAUGUGGAACGCUAAGCAAGCAACUCGUGCAACACCUCAGGAUGACGAUGAUUCGUGGGAAGUUAGAGCAUUUGAGGAAGACACAGGCAAUGCCAUGGGCACCACUUGGCCACCAAGGUCCUAUACAUGUACCUUUUGCCGGAGAGAAUUCCGGUCAGCACAAGCCCUAGGUGGACACAUGAAUGUGCACCGCCGUGACCGUGCUAGGCUCCACCAAACUCCACCACAAUAUGCUUCAAAUAGCAAUUACCAUAACCACACUUCUUCACCAAAUGCUAAUUCUACCCUCCUAAUUCCAACUCAAGAAUUUGUCGCAAAUGGUGGACUUUGUCUUCUAUACUCCUUGCCUAACCCUAGCAACACUCAUGUUUUCAACCCCACAUCAAGAAAAUCUUGUACUUUGAAUAACAAUUCAUCACCUUCUACUCUUAAUCUCUCUAUCUCACCAUAUCCAACAAACAAUUUGAUGUCUCCAAGUACUCCUUGUCCUCUAAGCUUUCCAAUAAAUAGGCCUAAUCCAAGCAUCAACACAUCAUCUAACACUAGUAAUGAUGAUAAUAAUCAUGACUAUGGUAUCAACACGAGGGAUUCAACCAUUGAAGAUGAACUUGAUCUCGAGCUUCGACUAGGAUGGAGAUCAUCAUCAUCAACAACAUCCUCACCAUGAUCGAACACAAGUCAUAAAAACAUCUUGUGGUUAAUUUCCCUAGACUUAAUUAAUUUCCUUUUUAUAUGUGGAUUGGUUAUUCGUUGUGAUGUGAAUUGCAAUAUACUCCAUCAAUUGAAGCAAAAGACUAGAAGAAGAGCAAAAGUUGUAAAUUUAAAAGAAAUGAAGGUUAAGUGAGAUAAUAAUAAAAGAAUAGUGCGUACUCCUUCCGUU